AGCCCGGGGCCGUAGUACUCAGUCGCACCACUUUAAAUAUUUCGACCUGCCGUGUUUGUAGGUACUGUACAUCCUUCUUACCCUCGCACCUAUAUAUAUGUAACGUACUGGUACCCAUCUGACGAGUAAGGUUCAAAAUACAAAGUCCAACCCCUCGAAAUCCAAGAAAAAAAGGGUCGCGACAGCACAUCAAGAUGCCGAUUGCCAAGGAGCAUAAGCAAUGCGUCGUCAGAUCGGCGACAGACCUACAGGAAGUAGAGGGACUAUGGUGGCCCUUGAUGAAGGAGCUCGGCUGGGUCAGUAUUAAAUCACGACAAAUCCUCUCUCUCUCUCCUUCUCACAACACCCAUAAAAAACGAACGUGGAACAAACACCAAAAAUAACCAUGCAUUAGAAUCGCGCACUCGCAGAUGCCAAGACUCACGUCCACUCCUCCGGUCUCGAUGCCUGGCUCAUGGCCAUUCUGCCAGACGAGGACGGCGACAAGCCAGAAGGCUGCGUCAUCCCGUUCACGUACCCGAAUUCAACGGGCUGGUUGGGCUUCUUCAUCAUGAAUGCUGCGCAGCGCGGCCAUGGCGUCGGACGGGCGCUGUUUGCUGCGGCCCAGGACUACUUCGCCAAGGCCGGGACUCAGUACAUUGGUCUCGACGGCGUGGAGGCUCAAGUUGAGACGUAUGGCCGGCGGGGCUUUGUGACGACGGAUCGCAUCGCGUGGAUGGUGCGCAGCAACACGAAGGAUGUGCCGCUGCCUCAAGGCCAGCUCUCGGAGAGCGAGCGUCUGGUGCCGCUGGAGGAGGUCGAUCGUGCGUUGCUGGUGCAGAGCGAUCUGGAGCACACGGGAUUCGAGCGUCGGCGGCUGUGGUCUGAUGAGGGGAUGUUUUCACGUGAGGAUGUCUCUGGAUUUGCAGUCGUAGAUUCCAAGAGUCCUGAUCGGCCGGUUAAAGGGUGGAUCCUGGUUCGUAGCUGCGAAAAGGGCUUUCGCUUCGGGCCAAUCUAUGCGAACACUAGAGAGACUGCGUCGCUGCUGGUCUAUACGGCGACCGAGAGUCUGGAGGCGAGGGAGGGGAGCCUGGUUGCUGAAGUCUGGCGAAGUAACAAGGAAGCCAUGUCUGUGAUGGAGCACUUUGGCUGGACGUGGUACAUGGACUUUCACAGGAUGUGGGUGGAUGCUCGGGUCCCGGAGGCACAGCGGAAAGGUGGCAAGGCUGAGACAGGGAUGUUUGCCAUCUUUGACGCAAGUGAAGGAUAGGUAAUUAAUUACAAGUGUAUUGAGCCCAGCUCACUGUUUACAACGCACAGACUUUAUCAAGAACUACGUCU